AUGGACGGAUGCAUAAAGUUAUGUGACUUUGGUUUGGCUAAAGAGGUCCCAAAUUGUGAUCCGUUUCUUAUGUCUAAAGCCAAACAUACGGCAGAUGUGGGAACCGUUGACUAUAUGGCACCGGAAGCCCAGACUAAUGAAUACAACCAUUUAAUAGAUAUCUACAGAUUAAAACAAACGGAAAAUAUAACAAAGUUACCCAUGAAUUGAUGCAUAAAAUGAAUGCAUUAUUGGUGUCAAUGAGUGUUAAUAAGUAUCGCAAAAACGGUUCAACAGAUUGGAGACAAAGACCCGAAUGUUCGCACAUUUUAUCACAAUUUCAGACAAUUAUGACAAAUAAACCCAUUAUUGGAG